AUGGAUGGCCUAGACCCGAACACGCUUUGGACAGAGGAAGUGCUCGUUGUGACAGUUCCAAGAAGUGGCUGUGUCCCGUUGCCUAGACCCUUCCCCUGGGAUGCCUGGCCACACUGGAACACGCCGCUCCACCGUGCUAUCAAAUUCUCCGAUUUUGAAACUGCCGAGUUUCUACUUCAGCAUGGUGCCAACAUAAACAUAUAUAACGCCGUUGGCAAAACACCACUGCACGAGGCUAUAUGGAACAGGAAAUAUGACGCCAUCCGAUUUCUUCUUGGCCACAAAACUGAAAUGAAUAACUUCACCCUUGGAGCGUGCAUUCGGUAUGAAGAUGAAGACACAGACAUACAUGGAAUUGCAGGCCAGCUUAAUAUUCAGCAAGCUCUUUCUUCUUCGGACCUUACUUCAGUGCAACUGUUGGUUCAGGCAGGAGCAGACCUUUGCCCUCCAUCACAGCACCCAUGGACAACGCUUGAUCUGGCACUGUUAUAUGGAGACCGGAGGAUUGUCGAGUUUCUGCUAAAACAGGGUUACAAGCUACCCACGGGAGGCUCAACUUCAUACCAAGAUGUUUAUCAAGAUUCUUCACGAGACCUUCUUAGGUUCUCAAGAGACGGCAAUAUUGUUCCGUCAAAGGAUCUCUAUGAGGUGUAUUGCUUUGUACUAGGAAAGGUCGAUCAGGUCGCAAUUAUUGACGUCGACAUUCUCAUCAAAAGGUUUUUUGAAGCCCUGCGCGAGACUGCGAAUGAUCCCAAUGGCAACAAACACACAGCAACAUGUACUUCCUGCCAGGACUUUCAAUUUGAAGCCAGAGUCAUCUUCGAAAUUGAGGAUUAUUUCACUUUUGAUGUUGACAAGAACGAACAACAAUUAGGUUUCACUUUUGAUCUUCACCCCAGCCGACAGCACUUGAUUGAUUCCGCAAGCAACGGAUGUGCAAUUUGUGCUAUCAUCGCCGAUGCUCUAGAUGAUCAUGAAAGAAACCCGAGACCAGCGUUUGAACCCUUCGAUAGCGAGUUCGGUCCCAAAUCCAACUCUGUCAAACUACAGCCCGCGAGGUCUUGGUCACUGGAUUGUAUCAAAGUAUCCUGUGACGAGCUCGGCACAGAGAUACGUCUUUUCCAAGUCUACGACUCUCUGACCAGUUCUUUUGAAGAUAGCUAUCGGAUGGACACUAGCACCGGUUCAUCAAGCGCUAUGGUCAUGGCAAAGAAUUGGAUUCGGAUUUGUCAAGAACACCACACCGAGUGUCAGGAAGUGCAACAAAUGAGACAAAGAAAGGGCAUACUACCACGACGGCUACUUCAUAUAGGUACAUCCGAAAUUCAACCCCAAAUCGUACAUGUACAAGACACGGUACCUUACUGCGCGCUGUCGUACUGCUGGGGGGUCAAGGACUUCUUCACCACAACACGAGAUAAUCUUGUGCAGAACAUGCGGGGAAUUCCAAUGGAAUCCUUCCCAGCUAUUAUGAAGGAUGCCAUAUAUGUGGUCCGGUCUCUGAAAUAUGAGUAUAUUUGGAUAGAUGCAUUGUGUAUCGUGCAGGAUGAUGAGCAGGACUGGGCACAUGAGGCUGGUAUAAUGGGCGACAUUUAUUCCAAUGCUGAACUCACCAUAUCCACCCUCAUCAGCGGCGACUGCCAUACGGGUCUCUUCCAACCCAGAUCUGUUCGGAUCUCCCACCCUGUACCCUUGAACAUAUGGCAGCCCAAGACGGAACGCAAGGCCAAUGCCUCCCACGCCCUAACCCCUCAGUGGCUAGAGCGUGAAGUGAAGACUAGUGGCCCAGUGCAUUCUAGAGGAUGGACUUUACAGGAACAGCUUCUGAGCAAAAGGAUACUCUACUUUGGUGGCGGGAUGCUGCAUUUUGAGUGCCUUCACGAUUAUGUUGUUGAGGCAAACCCUGGUGGAGAAUAUCGACAAUCGGCCAACAAACGUGCUGAUGAUCUUCAAACACGACGUCACGCUAAAAAAGCACUUCAGGGUGCCACAAACUGCGACUCUGUAUCCUCAGCGACUCGAUGGAGGAUGCAGCCGUUCGAGCUUUGGAAGCAACAGGUCAGAGAAUUCACACGGCGAAGUCUCACUAGAGCCACUGAUAGACAACCCGCUUUUGAUGCUAUUUCCAAAAGCCUGGCUACAGCUGUCGGAUGCAAUCCUCUAUGUGGGAUUUGGAACGGAGACAAGUUGUUUGAGAGUCUUUGUUGGCAGACUAAGAACUGUGCGGACGCGCCGUUGAAUCUCCCAAACAUACCAUCCUGGACUUGGUUAGCUUGUACUGGGGAGAUUUCAUUCGAGUUGAUGAGCCGAGCCGGAAGGGAAGAAGUGCAAACCUCGUCGGGUGCCACAGUUGUUUCGAUAAACACUGAAGCCACAGGCUUGUCCAUCACUCUUAGAGGGACUCUUCAUCGGAAGCAACGCAUCGAUGAUCCACUUCUAGAGCAUUGGGAAAGACUCUAUGGCAAGAAGAGGCACAGGUUAAGCGUCUAUCUAGACUACAAUAUGGGAGAUGACCGAGACGUUUAUACUUUCGAUACACUGCACUUUCCAGAAGGACCUCCGUACAAAGGCUUAGGCUACCCUAGAUGGCCCAAUGGUCGGGUUGCUGAGACACUAAGGCUUUUGCUACAGAGAGUUGACAGUAAGCUAAAUACCUUUCGGCGAAUUGGUAUUGGUAAGAUAUCACACAGACACUCCAAGGGAGGGCCCCAGCCAGACCCCCAUGAAGGAACCAUACCUGUACCAUGCAUUAGCCAUGAGAUCACUCAAAACAAAUGGCUAAAGACCGACGAGGAGACUCUUACUGAUCAGCAGUUUACGCUUGUUUAG